AUUGGGCUUUCCCGUACUCCUUUUCACCUUUUAUCCUCUGCCCUCAAAUUCGUCUUCAUUACCUCUUCCCUUCUUUCUUCUUUUUCUUCCAACGAUUUACCCCAAUUCUCCACCUCCUUAUUUCGAUACACGGCGGCUGAAGGAUGGCUGACCGAAUCUCCCUCAGAUCUAUGGUGGCCCCAAUUCUCCGUACGGAUGACUCUUGCAACAAGCAGCUCCGGGAAUCAGGGCGGCGGCGCUACGGGCGUCGUCCAGAUCUCGCAGUUGGCCGCAACUCGCCGGUCGAGGCAGGAGCUGGCUGUGGGCGGAGUACAAGAUAGAGAGCGGAAGCGGAAGCAAGCGGAGGUCGAGGUGAGAGGCGUGGCAGAGGAGGGCAGCUAUGAGCGGUGGCGGAGGAGGUGGCGUGCGGAGGUCUCCAUAGCCACCCCCGUGGGGAAACGACAAAGGAAAUGGGUUCGACAUCGUCAAAUUGGAGAGCUGGGGAUUGGGGCUGUGGGUGGAAGGGAAGAUGACAGUAACAUAGAGGAUGAUGGCGAAAAUGGGUUGGAAGGAAGGCCAAUUUCGGGAAAGCAGGAACAGGGAAUUACGACGCCUCUUGUGGCCAAGAAGACGGAUAAGAGAGGUGGGGUUAUAGUGAAUACCGGUGAGUUGAGCAAGAAGGUGAAGAGCGUUAGUUUCAAUGGAACUCCCAUCCGAACUGUGCUUCUAAGAAACAUGAACUACAAAAUAGAACCCAUCUCCUUUAAAACUUCCUCUAUAGUCUUACUACAGAUAAGCUGCGCCACAUUGUUCAAUCUUUCCCUUCUGACAUCCGACAUUUGGGCAGUUGUAAUGAUAUUGUGCACAACGGAGAGAAGGGCCCAGAGAGGAGUCCAGCCAUUGAGGAUACAAAUUUUGACUCAGAAUAUCAACACCUCAUUGGGGAAGAAAAUUCAAGUC